AUGAGUAAAGAACAACCAUCUAACUUUGUCAUUCGACAAGAGAACGAAAGGAAAAGCGUCUCUAAGACUCCACUAAAGAAUAUGAUCAUGUUGGAUGAGAGCGAGGACAUCGACGUCGAUGUUGACCAAGACAUCAUCGAAGAGGAAACUCCGAAGAAUGUGACCCCACCCAUGACACCUCCCAUUGAAAGAGAAGUUCUCUUCUCAACUACAAAAGCCCCCGUGGAGAAUGAAAAGAGUCGGAGAAUUAAGGAAUUGUGUUCAAACGUCAAUACUCAAAGUAAAAACGUUGUGAUGGAAGAGUUAAGAGAGAAACACGGCGAUUUUGAGAACUCGACAACAGACACGACGGUGGACCCCGCACUCUUUUUACGAUUUGAGAAAUCGACGGACAUCGACAAGUCUCUAGAGAGGUCCGAGGGUUCACAAAGUGUUAAAUUGUCAAAGGAGAAGAGUUCUACGCCAUUUGAGAAAACAAAAGUCGACGAUGUAUCGAAGGGGGUGUUACUUGCGGACGGAAAAGAGCUUGACGCAUAUUUGAAAGAUUCAAAAAGAAAUUCUGAGUUACCAAGCGACGCUGCCACUGAGGCGGGAUAUACGAUAUUCUCGGAGUCGAAAGAAACGGACAAUUCGGAGAACGAGAAAAUGAAAUUACUCAAACAACAGUCGAUGGAAAUUGACUCACAUGUUUUGGAAGUGGAAGAAGACAAACAAGCAAAUCAAAUUGUUGGAAAUGCGAUGGAGGAGGUGAAAGAUAAAAAAGAAGUGCAAACGAGAACACCUAUGGAGGAAGAAGGCAAUGACACGCAAACUAUUAAGGUCGUAAAAAUUGAUCCGAAACAAAUGGAAGAAAUCAUGGCGGCGAAUCGCGACGACAAAGAAGAGUCACGGAGAGCAAGUGCACUUCAAGAUUUCGUUAAAUCGGAUUCAGAGGAAUUGAUGGAAGAGAAUGAGAGAAAUGUUGAGGCACUCGUUUUUAAUAAACACAAUUUACAAACUCCAGGGAGUAGAAGAGAACAAAUGCAAGCACAAAUACUCAAGAGGUAUCUCCCAGUUUCGUUAGAUUCUGAUAAGUUAAAAGGUGUUGUUUUGCCGAUUCUUACGUCCGUGUCGAGAAAGGGACGGUUGAGGUAUAUUAAAAAGGUUGAGGCGAUUGCUAAUGGUCUUAAAAAGAAAAAAAGGCUCUUACGGAAUCAACACGAUGUGGACGAAUUACUGAGAGUUCAAUCAACAGAGACAACACCAGAGUUUAAACGCAAGUUGAGAACAAAGGAAGAACGAGAGAAGAAGCCCCGAGCACCACCCAAGCGUAAAAGAGUUUACUUCUUCGUCGAGGACUUGGAUGAUUGA